AUGAAAUCAGCGAUGAUCUUGAGGCAUCAACAGGUGACUGUCGUUUUGGAAAAAGUGCAGCGACGCGUUCUGCACUCGUCCAAAAUGGCGUGCAGCGGCGUCACGUACUGCAACGACGGUUUCGAAGUCUCCGCGAUCGGGUCACAGCGGUACAACUAUUUGCUCCAGGACGACGACGCCGACGCCGCCACCACCUCAAAGGUCAUAACCGAUGCAGACUGCUGGGACAUGAUGGACGAAAGCAGCUCUCGCGGGACAUUUUAUCAAGACGGGAUAAGUGUUAUUAUUGUAUAG